GGCCAAGACGCGUCGAACGCGUCCCUCCACCAAUCCAGGACUCGUGAACCACUCUGUUGCCAACUCCCGGUCACCGAUUCCCGGAAUCGAGUUUCUUGAAUUCCAGGCUCUCUAGAACUGACGAUGCCGGGCCUCGUCGGGCGUGGGGCUCGAGCAACACGCCACCUCCCCGGCGUCGCCAGGGAAGACUCGGACGAUGAGCUCGGGACCGACGACUACCCGUGGGAAUGGAUCUUCGAGAGGGAAACGGCAGAGCCAGAGGCAGAGGCGGACCCUGCAUCAGAGACGGGGAGGAAGCGCAAGCGCUCAACCGCCCAGCGGAACCAUAUUGUUGGUGCGCGCAUGGGCAGCUUCGAGUGCUACCUGGGGGACACCAUGCUGCUCAAGGCCGAGGGCGCUAACGAAGCCUGGGUUGGCAUAAUAUGCGACUUUCAGGUCGACGAGGAUGGAGAAAAGGCGGCCAAUUUCAUGUGGUUCUCCUCUGCACAGGAGAUCCGCAACCCCAAGAAGAGGACCGAUUUCCUCGAGAACGAGCUCUACAUAACCGCCACGUUCGAUGUCAACCCCCUAACAACCAUCAACGGGAAAGCCCGUAUCAUGUCCGAAGCUGCCUUUAAGGCCAAGUACCCGACCGGCAAGGUGCCGCGGAAGGCCAACGAGUACGGCAAGGUGUUUAUCUGCCGCAGAGGCUGCAACACACGGACAUGCACCUACACAGAAGAGUUUGUCUGGGAGGAAGUGUACCGCGGCCGGGGCGACAUCGAGAGCCUGCAAGACUUGGUCCGCCAGGGCACCAAGGCUACCCGCAGGCGGCGAGCGGCGAAGGAAGAACCCUCAGACCAAGACUACAAGCUGACAGCGGACGACGACGACGACCGAGAAGGCGACUACGCCCCCGGAGCACCACGUACCCCAAAAAGAGCACGCACGCGAGACGCCGUCACACCCAGCAGCAGACGCAAGCCGGGCAGCAAACCAGCCACGCCUUCCUCCCACCGCCGGAUCAUGGUCAAGAAGCAUCUCGAAUUCACGCCACUCGCAACCCGCGUCCUCUCCCCGCACCACACCCAGUCCUCCCCCUACCAGGUCGCCCGCGCCCAGCUCCACGUCGCCUCCGUCCCCACCAGCCUCCCCUGCCGCGAAGCCGAGUUCAGCCUGGUCUACUCGCACCUCGAAGCCGCCAUCACCGACGGCACCGGCACCUGCAUCUACAUCUCGGGCACGCCCGGCACCGGCAAGACGGCCACGGUCCGCGAAGUGGUCUCGCACCUCGACGCGGCCGUGCGGGCCGACGAGCUCGACGACUUCAUCUUCGUCGAGAUCAACGGCAUGAAGGUGACGGACCCGCACCAGGCGUACUCGCUGCUGUGGGAGGCGCUCAAGGGCCAGCGCGUGUCGCCCGCGCAGGCGCUCGACCUGCUCGAGCGCGAGUUCAGCCACCCGUCGCCGCGGCGCGUGCCCUGCGUCGUGCUGAUGGACGAGCUCGACCAGCUCGUGACCCGCAACCAGGGCGUCAUGUACAACUUCUUCAACUGGCCCGGCCUGCGCCACAGCCGCCUGAUCGUGCUCGCCGUCGCCAACACCAUGGACCUGCCCGAGCGCACGCUCAGCAACAAGAUCAGCUCGCGCCUGGGCCUGACCCGCAUCACCUUCCCGGGGUACAACCACGAGCAGCUGAUGCGCAUCGUGCAGAGCCGGCUGGAGGGCGUGCCGGGCGACAUCGUCGACGCCGACGCGGUGCAGUUUGCCGCGCGGAAGGUCGCGGCCGUGAGCGGCGACGCCAGGCGGGCGCUGGACAUCUGCCGGCGGGCCGUCGAGCUGGCCGAGGCGGAUGCGAGGAGCAGGGGGGAUGACGAGACGGAUGCCGCCGUCGUGCCGGACACGCCGAGCAAGAAGAAGAAUCCUAUUAAGACGGCAGCGGCGGCGGCGGCGGGCGGUGAAUGGGGCACUCCGAAGAAGAAGAAGAAAGGCGCGACGGGGAGAGUGACGAUCGAGACGGUCCGCCGCGCCAUCAGCGAGGCCACGAGCAACCCGCUGCAGCAGUGCCUGCGGACGCUCCCCUUCGCGGCGCGGCUGCUGCUGACGGCGCUUCUGAUGCGAACGCAGCGGACGGGGGUGGCAGAGAGCACGUUUGGAGACGUGCUGGAGGAGAUGCAGCGGGCUCUGAGACUGGCCGGGGAGAGCAGGCCGUUGGCCCUGCUCGACCGCAAGGCGGUGGGCGGGGUUACGAGCGCAGCCGGGACAGAUCCCGGGCUCAUGACGUCCGCGCGGGCGAAGAAUCAUUCGCAGCUGGUGCGGCCUGCUGGUCUGAGUGCCGCGGCCGUGGACCUCGCGGGCGCCGGCAUCAUCAACUUGGAGGCGCACAAGGCGGAUCGGCCGAGUAAGAUGCGGCUGGCGGUGGGAGACGAGGAGGUCAGGUUAGCGUUCCGCGACGACCCGGAGAUCAAGGCGCUCGGCGUGAUUUUGUAGAGAUACCCCAUAUACAUCGAUCACGGGAAUGGAGGAUAGAAUGGGGAUGGGAA